AUGACAACUCACCCACAGAAAUUAACAUGUCCAUCCCGAAAUCCUAAUCUCGAAGUAGAGUUUAACAAACUAAACUUAAAUAAAACACUCAAGGACACAUCCGUUAAUACAGUAUCUUCGGUCGACAAGAUGGGUAUAGGAUCUAAAUCUGAAACGGCUGCUGAAAGUACAAGCAAUGAUAAAGUUGAAGAUCAGGAACUUGAAAACUUUGCUGAAAAACUAGAUAUCAAGCAAUUCGCAAAAAAUAUCGACGAAAUAAAGGGGGAGGAACUCGCUAAAAAUACUAUUGCGUAUCGUGAACUGCUCGAUACCAAAGCUUUUGAUUCUUCAAAAGGUAGCCAUGUAUUGAUUAUCAAUGGGAAAUUAAUCAAGUAUGGAGAUAAUGACCUUUCCUAUGAUGAAUAUGAUGAACUGCAGAAAGAACAUCCCGGAAGCUUUUACGUCCCUAUUAUUGAAAGAUUUGUUAUGGUUUGUGAUUCAAUUUAUUUACAUAAAAGGUCAUUGACAGAUAUUGAAAUGAUAUCUGUUAAUGCUCUAUUGACACCUUUGGGAGUACUUUUGCCAAACAUUAGACAACGAUUGCAUAGUAGCGUUGAAGGUUGGAAGUGUACAAGGAUCACUCAAGUUUCAAGACCUUGGUUGAUAUGCAUUGGCGAUGGAACUAACUGGUCCGACUGGGUCAAAACUAAAGAGAUUUACUCAUGGGCACCCAAUUCCCCAGCUGAUAUCACAUGUGGUCUAAUCGGUUACGAUGAUAACGUCUUCGAUCAACUACAACAAGUAUACGACGAAUGA